AUGCCGAAGGCAGAGGGCGACAUAACACUCCAGGGUUUCCUGUUACCGAGAGGCAAACAUUCUGAUUGUACUCCAAAACCUACAGAUCUUAUAUUUGUCUUGGAUGAAAGUGGCAGUGUAGGGAGUGAUAAUUUUGUUCUGCAAAAUGAAUUCGUUGCAAAGUUUGUUGAAGAUUUCAACAUUGGGAUAACUGCAACCCAAGUGGCAGUUAUAACCUUUUCGACUUCAGUGAAAAUAGAGUUUUAUCUGGACACUUACCACGAUAAAACACAAUUAAUGGAGAGCAUAAAGCAGAUCAACUACUCGCAUCCCGGUUUAACAAUGACUCAAAGAGCCUUAGAAAGCGUACGGACUGAAGUUCUGACUUUGCAGAAAGGAAAAAGACCCGAUGCUCUGCCUUUAGUUAUUGUGUUGACAGAUGGAAAAUCUAUGAUUCCAGCUCAAACAAUAAAGGAAGCAAAAAAACUUCAUGACAUGAAUGUUACAGUAUACGCUAUUGGUAUUUCGGGCGACGCGAACGAAGAUGAGUUGCAAGGAAUUGCAUCCAAACAUGAUUACGUUAUAAUGGUGCAAGAUUUCAGCAAUUUAAAUUCAAUACGGGGUAAAGCUUUAUCCGGUGCUUGUGAAGCCAUUUUGAAAAAAGUUAAGGGAGACAAUGCAACACUAUCAACGAAACCAACGACUACCAUCAUGAAAACCUCUCAAUCAACAACCUUCACCACCACGCCUACCACAACUUCCACAACUACUACCACUACAACUCCUACAACCACCAAAGCUCCUACCACUACAACUCCUUCCACCACAACCACCACCACCCCUACAACUACCACAACUCCCACAACUACAACCACCACACCUACCACUACCACACCUACCACCACCACAACUCCUACAACUACAACUCCUACAACUACCACAACUACAACUCCUACCACUACAUCUACCACACCUAUCAUCACCACAACUCCUACAACUACAAGAACAACUCCUACCACAAAAACUACCACACCUAUCACCACCACAACUCCUACCACAAGAACUACCACACCUACCACCACCACAACUCCUACCACACCUACCACUACCACAACUCCUUCCACUACGAUUUCUACAACUACUACCACUAUAACUACCACAACUCCUACCACUACAACCUCCACCACACCUACCACUACCACAACUCCUACAACUACAACUCCUACAACUACAACAACUCCUACAACUACAACAUCUCCUAAAACUACAACGCUAACCACAACAACCUCAUCUUCAACAACCGACUCUUCUUCCACGACAAUUAAACCCACUUUCAACACAACCCCUACCAUCACAUCCACCAUUUCUAAAACCACAACUCCUAUCACAAAAACCACUACCUCUACCACCAAAAUUUCUACAGCUAAAAAAAUAAUCAUUACACCAAAACCCUCUACAGCUUCUGCCUCGUCCACCAAACCCAGCACCACGACCACCAUAAAAAAAAAUACUCCCACCACCACUACUGUGAGGGUUACUCAUACCACGCGUCUGGCAAGUUCAAACCAUAUUUCCAUAACUACACCAGCAAUGCCUAUUCCAGAUUACACAUCGCUAUCUCCUGAUUUAUCGGUGUCAAAAUCCACUGCAGUGUCAUCGAAAACUGCUUCUCCCACGACCAGCAGUUUGUCUGUAACAAAGUUUGUAGUUCCUGGUUGGUUCCAGUAUAUCGAAAUAGGACUAAUCGGUGUAACAGCUAUCACUGGCGUUGGGCUUCUUGGAUGCUGUUGCUUAAAAUUCUUUGGUGGUAAACGCAGGGAAGAUGAUGAGGAUAGUGAAUAUGAGGACGAAGAGGAGAUACUCCCCUCAUGGAAACAAGGCCAGAGACUUCCAGCAUCCAAACCAGGAGGAUGGACAGAUGGACUUCGGUUUUAAAA